AUGACAGACAACAACCUCUUCGUCGUUCGUGACGCCCCCCCGAAAGGCAAAGGCCUCAUCGCUACCACCAAGAUCCCCAAAGGAACCCGCAUCAUCGCUGAACCCCCUCUCAUCAAAGUCCCCCGUGAGUGUUUUUGCCCUGAUCUCUUGCGUCAAGGCAUCAUCAAGGAACUCUCCAAGCUCUCCCAAGAUCAGAGAGCCUCGUUCUACUCUCUCCUCAACUCCCACCCGGAAUCCGGAGAAGAAGUAGGCAUCGUUGAAACCAACGGACUUUGUGCCGGUCCAGAUAAAGAGGACGGUGCCAUAUUACUAGCCACCUCGCGCAUCAAUCACUCUUGCAAGCCAAAUGCCCAGACUCGGUGGAAUCAGGGCCUAGGAAAGAUCACUGUCCAUGCUGUUGAAGACAUCGAGCAGGGACAAGAAAUCACCAUCACAUACUUGGGCAACCCUGAAGUCUAUGAGGAGCGACAAAAGAAACUCACGAACGCUUUCGGCUUUGACUGUCACUGUCGUCUUUGCUCUCUGUCACCUGCUGAGCGUGACCUCGACGACAAGCUCAUCAAGGAGAUCGACUACCUCCAAGAGGAUCUCGAAAAUGAGGACUCAAUCCUGGAAUUCCCAACUAGAUGUCUUCACAGAAUUUACAAGGUCGUAUCUCAACUUGAAGCUGAAGGCGUCGGCACCUCAAAUGUCCCAAAGCUGUACGCUUCCGCUAUGGGAGUGGCUGUAGCUCACUCAGACCUGGCAAGAGCCAAAGUCUUUGCCCAGCGAUCUCUCGAAGGCUGCAUCAUCUCCGAGGGACACGAUACUCCAUGGGUCAAAAAUCUCAAGACGCUCACCGAGGACCCUUCCAGGCAUGAACACUAUGGCUUGACGGACCGGCUUGCUUCGGCUAUCACGGACAUUCCUAAGGACAAGGGCCCUGUUGCCUUUAAGGAUUGGCUCUGGAUGAGCCCACAUGGGCAACUCGCCAACCUACGCAACAUCAUGAGUUUUCCCCACUUGAAAGGCAUCAAUGGACUGCCAUGGGAUUGGGAACUCAGGGACAACGACGCUAUCCCACGUUGCAUGACCGAAACCGACAGCGAAUUUCAGAAACAUUGGGCAUUUCUCGGUGAAAUCACCCACGUCGAGGCUGCUUGGCGCGUGAGACUCAUCGUCAAGGACAAGACCGGCCUUGAACUUCCCAUUGCUUUCUACACUGAAACUCAAGGUCGAGAGAUUGGUGCCUCCAUUCUUCGGGUAGGACGUACAGUUGCAAUACUCUACGCUUCGCAACAUGGCUUUUUGGAUGGAACUGUUGGAAUUCGUCAUGAGGAUCCUGGACGACUCCGAAUUCUACCCACAUCUCUCGAAAAUAUGUUGCUCUUGAACGACAAAGUGCAGGCAUACUCGGUCGUCCAUAAUCAGACCAGAACAUGCCACGGAUGCAACAAGAAAUCAGACUCUUUAAAGAAGUGCACCAAGUGCGAGUUCUUUUGGUACUGCAACCAGGACUGUCAAACUCGGGGCUGGAAUGAAAACGGUCACAAGGCGGACUGCAGACUUCUCAAGAACGAGGACGUCAAGGGGCUCUUCCUCGUCAAGUGGGGUGAAUUUGAGAGGCACAUGUCUUUUCCACUGAGCGUCUAA